GCCACAUUAGCAGUACAGAGAAUAAGGUUAGCAGUCUUACAUAUAAAGAUGCUGGAGUUGACAUUGAUGCAGGCUCAGAACUUGUCAGGAGGAUCGCCAAAAUGGCACCUGGAAUUGGCGGUUUUGGAGGCCUUUUUCCUUUAGGUGAUUCCUACCUUGUGGCUGGUACUGAUGGAGUGGGAACGAAAUUAAAACUUGCUUUUGAAACUGGAGUCCAUGACACUAUAGGGAUUGAUCUGGUUGCAAUGAGUGUUAAUGAUAUUGUCACCUCUGGAGCUAAACCUUUAUUUUUUCUUGAUUACUUCGCAACAAGUCGCCUUGAUGUUGAUAUGGCAGAAAAGGUGAUAAAAGGUAUUGUAGAUGGUUGCAAGCAGUCUGAUUGUGCCCUAUUGGGGGGAGAGACCGCAGAAAUGCCAGAUUUCUAUGCAAGUGGGGAGUAUGAUCUUAGUGGUUUUGCAGUUGGUAUUGUGAAAAAGAAUGAUGUUAUUGAUGGGAAGAAUAUUGUUGCUGGAGAUGUCCUCAUUGGUCUUCCAUCUAGUGGAGUUCAUUCAAAUGGAUUUUCCCUUGUCAGAAGGGUGCUCAAGAAAAGUAACCUUUCUUUGGACGACCAACUUCCCGGCAGCUCUACUACAUUAGGUGAAGCUUUAAUGGCCCCAACUGUGAUUUAUGUUAAGCAGGUACUUGAGAUUAUCAAUAAAGGUGGAGUUAAAGGGAUAGCUCACAUCACAGGAGGUGGUUUUACAGAUAAUAUACCUCGUAUAUUUCCUAAAGGUUUGGGAGCUGUUAUCUAUAAUGAUUCCUGGGUAGUUCCUCCUGUAUUUAAAUGGAUUCAAGAGGCGGGUAAAAUUGAAGAUGCUGAAAUGAGGAGGACUUUUAACAUGGGAAUCGGGAUGGUCCUGGUUGUGACCCCAGACAUGGCUCUUAAAAUUUUAGAGGACAACUCAUGCAAUGCUUUCCGUAUUGGUGAGGUAGUUGACAAAGAUGGAGUAAGAUACCAUUAACAGUGGAGGCAAGAGCAUUCUGUAUCAGUAUAAGAUAUGUUUUUCUCACAUUCUUCAUCUCAGGGCUCUGGAAAAUUACUGAGCAGUGGAAUGUGAUAUAAGCAGGUUCAUGAUUUUGUAGAAAUAAAACAGGCCAAACUGUAGGGGUUAUGUAGACUAGUGUGAAGUUGGCCAUCUCAGUUUUACUAUUUUAUCGAAGUUGGUUCUCAUUUUGUACUAUGAAAGCUGUCAAUUUAGCUCAAAAACUCUUUAACAGAGAUCCCUUUGGUUCUACAUUUUUUUAAAUCAAUUUUGACAUUCAGCUCCAUUGGACCAAGGGAGUGUUUGCAUGAACUUAAAAGUCUAUAAUUUGAGUUUGUAAGCCAGUUUGGCUAAAUAUAUUUAAAACUUUUCCUCAGAAACUAUCAAGGGGCCUAUCCCAUGUCAAUAACAACAACAUUACCCAG